AUAACAACGAGAUGGUGCGUCUUGCGGAAUCUUGACCGUCAAAUUCAUCGAGCAUCUCAGUGCUGGGAUGUCGGUAGAUAAAGUUGACCCUUUGAAGAUCAAAUAUUACCGACUCAAGCUUGCAAUUGAGGGUUUAAGGGGGGAGGCAUAUUUAUGAGGUCGGUCUCAACCAAGGGUUGAUUGCAAUAUUCCAACCAAGAUGACCAUACACUGUUAUUUGAUGGUCUGCGGGAAUGGAUAUUCAAAAGUACAUAAAGGUUGAGAAGGUUCCUGGUGGCCAGUUGGAAGAUUCAGUGGUUCGCAAAGGAGUAAUGAUUAACAAAGAUGUUAUUGCACCUGGAAAAAUGAGAAGAAAGAUUUUCAACCAACGCAUCAUUCUUCUUGAUUGGCCGCUCGAAUAUAAGAAAGGCGAGAACCAAACAAAUGCUGAGUUGCUUAAAGAAGAAGAUUGGGGAGUCCUGCUACAAUUGGAAGAAGAAUACAUCGAGAGGCUAUGUGUGCAAAUAUUGAAGUUUAAACCAGAUGUGGUUAUCACAGAAAAGGGGCUUAGUGACUUGGCAUGCCAUUAUUUUAGCAAGGCCGGCGUCAGUGGAAUGAGGAGGUUGCGGAAAACAGAUAAUAACCGAAUUGCCAAGGCUUGUGGGGCUGUAAUUGUUAACAGACCAGAUGAAUUGCAACAGUCUGAUGUUGGUACACGCGCUGGGAUAUUUGAGGUUAAGAAAAUUGGUGAUGAGUUUUUUGCAUUCAUUGUUGAUUGCAAAGAGCCUAAAGCAUGUACUAUACUCUUGAGAGGUCCUAGUAAGGAUCUGUUAAAUGAAGUGGAAAGGAAUUUGUACGUAUAAUGGUUUUACUUCUUU